GAAAUUUCAACUCAAUUGUUUGAGUUUUCAAUCUUCCAAUUUAGGUUUAUAAGUUACUUCAAUGAAUCACAAAUUCCAGGUGCUUGAAUGAACUUGCCAUUUUAAAUUGAGUGAGGUACAUGUCUUUGGCGUGUUGAGAUUGAGUGGAGGACAGCUCUUUGCGCAUGUGCGGGGGACUACUGACGAAGCCAGGCCUCGAGACGAACAACUUUACGCGCCAGCCAGCAAUCAAACUUCAAUCGGCCAAGUGCCUCAUUUUUCCGUCAGACAAGACAACAAGUGUUGGACAAGUUCGCUAUUGGGACCACGUAUGAAGAAGUCAAAGAAGGGCGAGGUCCACUACUGUCCAGAUCCCCCUGAAGGACUGAGUGAUGAAAACAUGGAAGAAAAGCGGAGGAUGAUGGAGGUGGAAGUGCUGAAAAAAGACCAAGAUCACCAGCAGAUAGAUGAGCUGAUGUCUGCCACGUUCUCCAAGCGCAGAAAGGAGAUUGUAGGGGAUCAACCUCUCAUUGGGGAUGUCAUAGCUAGAUGGCCGGCCAUGUUCUGUGAGAGACAGGUUCGGGCAGAGUUCAAAAGAGUCGUAAGCAUAGACCUUCUCGAGUCGUUCCUCGAUGGACUUGAUGAUCUGGCACCAAGACUGCUGGAAGUGUACGAAGCUGCGACCAAGUCGGCAAAUAAGCCUGCACUGAAAGCCAUUUUGGACUGUCUGAAGAAAGACGACACAAACGAAAGGAGAAGGACUGCUGCUCUGCUGGGUCUGCCACACUACCUAAGAGAAGACCCAUCAGACAUCAUCAGGAUGUGUGAUGCCCAUGGUGAGACUCUGGAUGCAGCCAUGGAGGGGAUGCAACUUGGCCUGUUGAUAGGCUAUGAAGGUGACAACCAGGAUGCCUUUCCACGUGAGGUCUUCAAUGUGGCAGUUGUGGUUGAGGAGACUAUUGUGCUUCACAACUUCAAGGAUGUGCCAUCCAGCUUUGCCAUGCUUUUGGGGAUCAUCUACUGCGUUAACCUUGAGUAUCCAAGAGCCAUGAAGUAUUCCUUUGAGUUUCUUCAGAGGGUUGUGAUGAAGAUCAAACCAGAUCAAGCCUCUGCCAGAGUCCACGGCAUCCGAAACAAGCUCCUGAGGUAUAAUUUGUAAACCAUGCCCCACCCGAGAAUAGGUUUGGAAUUCCUUUUUUUCAUUUGUUUCUGUUGACAUAUGCCAACCAAAGUUGAAGGCAAAAGC